AUGUCUGGCUCAAACUUGGAAGAACUAGAUAGGGAGGAAACUGAAGAAGAUUUGGUUAUGUGUAUGACUCUACUUAUGUAUGCACAAGAGAGUUCACUACACAUUAGAGAGCCCAUUCGUGAUAGUGCACUAACAGGCCCAGAAUGUGUACGUGAGGUCUUGGAAGGUCAUGUAGAUAGGUGUUAUGAACAAUACAACAUGGAACGACAUGUCUUCUUCAACCUCUGUAAGCUAAUGCGGGAGCAAGGAUGGUUGGAAGAUAGUCGAUAUGUUAGAGUUGACGAGCAGCUAGCAAUGUUCAUAACUAUGAUUGGUCGGAACCAGCGGGUAAGAGAUAUAGCAGAACAUUUUCAGCAUUCACCAGAGACCAUUGGUAGGCAUUUUAAUACAGUACUGGAGGCUUUCCUCAAGUUAGGAGAAGUUAACAUAAGACCACCACCAUUUGAUAAGAUUGCCCAAGAAAUUAAGAAUGAUCCCAAAAAGUAUCCUUUUUUCAAGGAUUGUAUUAGUGCUAUCGAUGGAACUCAUAUAGAUGCACGUGUUCCUCUACACAAACAAGUACCUUAUAGAGGGAGAAAGGGACAAACAACACAGAACGUCAUGUGUGCGUGUUCACAUGACAUUAAAUUCACUUUUGUGAAUAGUGGCUGGGAGGGAUCCGCAAAUGAUUGUCGAGUAUUUACAACGGCACUCGCAGAUCCAACCUUACACUUUCCUCAUCCUCCUCCAGGCAAAUAUUACGUAGUAGAUUCUGGAUAUCCAUCUACUAUAGGGUUUUUAACACUAUUCAAGGGACAAUGGUAUCAUCUCCGAGAUUUCGAGUCAAGAAGAGCGCAGAAUGCUAAAGAACUUUUCAACCAAAGGCAUUCGAGUGUUAGAAAUGUUAUCGAGCGCAGUUUUGCUUCAUUGAAACAAUGGUUUCCUAUACUAAGCAAAAUGCCACGUUUUCCUCUUUCAACCCAAAGUCGUAUCAUCAUUGCAUGUUGUGCCCUACACAACUUCAUUCGGGAUGAACAAAAAGCUGACACAAAUUUUGCGUGGUUUGGAGAUGAUAACAAUUUAGAGAGACCCCCUGAUGAUGAUUUCAUCCCACCUGAGUAUGGUAAUUCUAGCCAACGAAAUAGGGCAAGAGAGAUGGAUGAAUUUCGAAAGUACAUUGCAAACGAGUUGGCUUUAUCAAGAAACAUGGCUCCAAUUGAAUGA